AUGAGAGAGGAUCAUGUUCCGUGUUGCCAAGUCGAUUUCUGGGUGUUCAUAGUGAUUAGUUUGAUCCUUGUGUCACUUGCUGGUAUUGCCUCUGGCCUUGCAUUAGGACUCUUGUCCUUCAGCAAAGUUGAUCUUGAGGUCCUCAUUAGGUCCGGCCAACCCAAAGACCAGAAGAAUGCAGCAACAAUUCUGCCUCUUGUUAAGAAUGAGCAUUUACUGUUAUGUACUCUCCUCAUAGUCAAAUCACUGGCAAUGGAGGCACUUCCCAUUUUCGUGGACUCAAUUCUCCCAGUUUGGGCUGCCAUUCUUGUCUCCGGCACACUUGUAGUUGCAGUUACAGAGAUCAUUCCUCAAGCUGUAUGUUCUCGAUAUGGAUUAAGUCUUGGUGCAAAAGGGUCUUACUUGGUACGAUUACUUCUGGUGGUCUUUUUCCCCAUAGCAUACCCUUUCAGUAAGAUGUUAGAUUGCCUCCUUGGAAAAGAGCAUUCUGCCCUCCUAAGACGAGCAGAGCUAAAAACAUUGGUGGAUCUGCAUGCAAAUGAGGCAGGGAAAGGUGGAGACUUGUCGCAUCAUGAAACUACGAUUAUUGGUGGUGCUUUGGAUUUGACGCAAAAGACUGCUGAAGAUGCAAUGACUCCAAUAUCAGAAACCUUUUCCCUUGACAUAAACUCCAAACUUGACAUGAAUACACUGGGUUCAAUCAUGAGCAGAGGUCACAGUCGUGUACCAAUCUAUUCAGGAAACCCAAACAAUAUCAUUGGCCUCAUUUUGGCAAAGAACUUAAUCUUCUGUCGUCCUGAAGAUGAAACCCCAGUUAAGUACAUGACAAUCAGAAGAAUUCCAAGGGUUUAUAGCAAUUGGCCUUUAUAUGAUAUACUGAAUCAGUUUCGAAAAGGCCACAGUCAUAUGGCUGCUGUGGUGAGGAAUAAGAAGGAUGUUAAUGGACAAAGGGAAAUAGAUGCUAGGAGUUCAAGAUUAGAUUCAGUACGCGCAGAGAGCAAAGACUUGUUACUAGAUAUUACAGGUUUAAAUUCUCCGAUCAAUGGGAAAGAGCAUCCGAGUAACGCCAUAGACAUAUCAUCUGUGUAUUCGAGUGAAAGUACUGAAUACAGCACUCCACUCUCAGAAUAUGUCAUGGAACAAGAUGAAGAUCUUACACAAACACAUUACAAGCGCCAUAAAAAGCAGGGCGGUGGAAAUGUAUCGAAUGAAAGUGUAGGAUCUAUUCAAAGUCACUUGGAUGAGGAGGUAAUUGGGAUCAUAACAAUGGAGGAUGUUAUGGAAGAACUGUUACAGGAAGACAUACUGGAUGAAACAGAUGAAUAUGUGGAUGUGCAUAACAGAAUUAAAAUCAACCUGCUACCUUCAAGACGAUCAUCACCCUCAAAAUCUCAUAGAACCAAGUCUCUAUCUCAAAUUUAUUGGAGAACUCCGGAGGCCUCUCCCUUGUCUUCGACAUACAAUAGUCCUAUACUCCGUUCUCCCAUUAAUUCUGCAUACAUUCAACCACCUCCUAUCUUCAUCACAAGACCUACUUUGUAUCCUUCCCCUCCACAAGCUGCACCAUUUGCAGGCCCUAUUCGCGCCUCGCCAUCCUCUCAUCGAGCCUCAAGAAAGUCAUAUGAGAAGCUAAGACAACACAGUGGACGUAAACCUGCAAGAACCUACUCGCUAAGUUGA